AAACCCACCUUUCUUCUCACCUUUAUUAUUUUCCCAUUCAAAUCCAACACGGACUCUGUCAGUGGAACUCUCUUGAUCAGUUUCAAAAAACAGCUCUGUCUUCUGUAACAAUGGGCGGGGAGAAAAAGGUCUACACUUUGGACGAGGUCUACAAGCACAGCGACCGCAAAGACUGCUGGCUCGUCAUUGAUGGCAAGGUGUAUGAUGUGACAAAAUUUUUGGAGGACCAUCCUGGUGGUGAUGAGGUCUUAUUGUCAUCCACAGGGAAGGAUGCAACUGAUGAUUUUGAGGAUGUUGGUCACAGUACUGCAGCUAGAGCAAUGAUGGAUGAGUACUAUGUAGGAGACAUUGAUAAAGCAUUCAUCUCAGCCAAGUCGACAGAGUACACUCCUCCCAAGCAGCCUCAGUACAAUCCGGACAAAACAUCCGAUUUCAUCAUCAGACUCCUCCAGUUCCUUGUUCCCCUGCUCAUUUUGGGUUUGGCUUUUGUUGUGCGCUCCUAUACCAAAUCACCAACAGCCUAAAUGCUGAAAACCGAAAAAGAGAAAAUUGUGAAAUUUGUCUUUUUAAUAAGUAAUAAGUUUAUGUUAGGGGGUUGGUCCUUUGUUAGUUUUCAACUUUUUAUGUCUGGAAUUGUUCAUCAAGGAAUGUUAAGAAAUCAAAUAUCCUUCUGGUAAUGAUUUUAUGCCAGCCUUUUGGUUUGCACUAA